UCAACCUCCAUCACCAUGAGCCAGCCGCCGCCGCAGCCGCCGUCCAUUCCCGUGUCAUUCAAUCGCAUGUCGAUAGGCGUGAGCCUCCUCUUCUGCAUCAACAUCGUCUGCAUGCCACUCAAAUGCUAUUUCACCGAGCUGCUGUGGACCAACCCAGAAACAUUUCGGCCACCAGCCAUCUUCCCCGAGGUUGCGUCCGAGUUCAAUCGAUCGACCGCCAAACGAUACGUGACCCAACUCCAACUUGUGUACAACAACACCACCAUCCCCGCCCAUCGAGCCUACCACUACGACGCGACCCACGACGUCGAUGUCAUGCGCACAGUCAUGACCAGCUCAGACUGCGACCGCCCCCCCCUGCAGCUUCUCAACGACAUACUCGGCAUUGUGUACUUCUCCACAGACCUCAAGCUGGACCUCGUGGACCGGUUGUGUACGAACGCAUCGCAAGACGUGGCACGUCUGUGGCGUGUGAAUUUCAUCGACUCACCUGCCUUCAUCUCGGCGUUGUGGGUCGUGUCUGGCCAAAAUGACUUGGACAGCAACAACUCGACCAUACCGACCGAUUCCAAUGUGACGACUGUGUACGUUUUAUUCAUUCCGGACGUGAGGACCAUGUCGUGGCGCUACACCAAGCUAGCAUGGCGACUACUUCUCUGUCUCUCGCUAGCUGUUCUUAUCGUCACUUCGUACAUUUGUCCAUUGUGGCAACUCAAGGGCAACUUAGAGCGGUAUGCGGUGGUCGCUCCUUUGCACGGCAGUCAAAAAGGCUCGAAGGAACGACGGCGCCGUGUCGUGCGGUACAGCGUCGUAGUCGGCGAGCCAUCCUGUUUUGUCUUGACCAAGCCGUGGGUGUGUAUCGCGUUUGCCGCAGAUUUGCUGGCUAGUACCUUGUACGUCGCUCAGGCGUGUCUACGGGUGUGCCAGACCACAUCGUUGCUUCACUUUGCACUGGGCACUUUGUACUUGGGUCGCACGGUGUGGUUUUCAUACACCGCCCUGGCCAGUGUCAACGUUGCCCUUAAGCGGUGGCAGAAGUGCCACUGGAUCCGCCCCGCCAACACGACUGUCUUGGCGAUCGCAGCUGGGGUCGUAGGGGGGACCAUCACGAAUGUGCAGGGGCAGUGGCCACCCAUCCUGCAAGUGUACACGUGGCUGUUCAUGCUCCACAGUCGCCAAGAUACCAACCAAACGAUGCAAAUGGACAGUAUCUUUGUGAACCUGGUGUUCGCAAUGACCAUGUGCUACCUCCCUGCCGGCGUCGUGGGGGGGCGGGCAGUGUGCCGCCGGCUGUGCACCGUCUACCGACGCCCGCACGUCGUGAUGGCUGAAACUCGUUGCCAUCCUGGCAACUGCAAUGACAUGAAUAGCAUGGAAAACAAGGCCGACCACCCUCCAACAAUCGAUGUCGUCCAACACCACGCCUAUCACCACCUGGACUUUCGCACGCGGUGGUACCUUUGGCUAUGCUGUGGCCGCAGCGUUUGCGACCCUGAUCUCGUGUUUCACGGGGGCAGCAUCGCCACCUUGUUUGCCCUGCACCCAUCGUUUCAAGCGCACUGCACCCUCGACCAGCGCGGCGGCGACUGCUAUGUCUGUGGCUUUGACGCGACGGACGUCAUGGUCACCAUCACCCGCGUCGCAUGCAUACGAGGGCAACUGGAUAUGACACGAGUCACCAUCGACAGUGAUGCCCCGGCCAACCGUGUGGCCGUCGGGUCGCUCACCAUCUCGUCUGCGAAUGGGCCGCUCGUGGUGACCUUCCGCCGCGGCGUGGACGACUGCCUUUGGAUGGCGUGACGUGUGUAAAACCAUAGAAACCCAGGCGACGAACCUCGCUUUAGUCGACAUCCUUGGCCGCCACCAUGCACCGGAAUUUCAAUCUGUCAACCCCAAGUCGUCUGAGCUUUACGCGAGGGAGGGUGAUGUUGUCCAUGUGGGGUCGUCAACGUUAUUAUCACAACUCUCGUCAUGAGGGUUGCCAAGAUAAGUACAUACACUCCCAAUCCAUGUACUAUGUGUAUGCAUGCAUGCCCACAUGAUGCUUCUGGUGUGUUCCUGUCAUGUUGUAAUGACAGCUAUAAGAUAUCCAACGAC